UAAAGGCAAACAUCAUUACUCUCUCUCUUUCUCUCUCUCUCUCUCUAUGACUAUUACAACCAUAAAUAUAAAUGCCUGAACUCUUUCUAUUGUUUCUACCUAUACGUACAAGUUGAAUAAUUUGUCAAGAACUCAGUGAUUGAUUUUCAGUAGUAACAAAGAAAAAGGCCGCAGAUGGUAGAGGAGGCGAUUAACACGAGGGUGGAAAAUACAGCCUUGUCAUCGAAGCCACACUUCGUGUUGGUGCAUGGAAUUGGUGGAGGGAGCUGGUGUUGGUACAAAAUCCGGUGCCUCAUGGAGGACUCAGGCUAUAAAGUCUCUUGCGUUGACCUCAAAGGUGCAGGCAUCGAUCAAGCAGAUGCCAAUUCUAUCCUUAAUUUUGAUGAUUACAAUAAGCCUCUGAUGGACUUCAUAUCUUCCUUGCCUGAUAAUGAGCAGGUCAUACUGGUGGGGCACAGCGCUGGAGGGUUAAGCAUAACGCAGGCAACUCACAAGUUGGCAAAGAAAAUCCGUCUAGCAGUGUAUUUGGCAGCCACCAUGCUCAAGUUGGGUUUCUGGACGGAUCAAGAUAUCCAAGAUGGAGUUCCUGACCUAUCCUCAUUUGGUAACGUGUAUGAGCUAGGAUUUGGAUUGGGAUGUGAUCACCCUCCUACCAGUGCCAUUGUCAAGAAAGAAUUCCAACGCCAAAUCAUCUAUCAAAUGAGCCCUCAAGAGGAUUCAACCCUAGCUUCGAUGCUUUUGAGGCCAGGACCUAUCCUAGCAUUACAAAGAGCCCAGUUCAAGGAGGAGGAUGAUAACAAUGGCAUAGAUACGGUGAGGCAUGUAUACAUAAAGACAAUGCAUGAUCAUGUCAUCAAACCUCAGCAACAAGAGGCAAUGAUAAAGAGGUGGCCUCCAUCCGAGGUUUUUGUUUUGGAGAGCGAUCACAGCCCAUUUUUUUCCUCCCCAUUUGUGCUGUUUGGCUUGCUUGUAAAGGCAGCAGCUUCUGUGGGAUAUAUAUAGGAGAUGACAGAAUCAGAAUAAGGUUCUUGUUUUUGUUGGUGAUUGAAUAAAACCAUGCAUCUCCAAAUGUGAUGUAACCACUACUAUUAUUAUUGCUAUUCUGUCUUCCAUAUAUUCUACAU